GUAUAAAAACAUGAACUCCAUCGCGUUCUUACGUCAAGAAUCAUUUUCUUGGUAUUACUUGUAGAAGCCCCGUUAUCUAUUUGUUUCUUCUGCAAUUUAUUACUGGCAUUAACACUUUUUUUAAUAAACUUAACAAUGUCGCGCAUCUUAGUUAUCAAAGCUGAUACUUCCGUGGACUUAUCUAUUGAUUGCGCUAGAACCAAAUUAAGCGUGCGUGCGAAGCAGGGUAUUAUUUCAUUAUGGUUGAAUCAUUAUCAGUUACACAAGCAGAAAUUUUAUUUAUGGAAACGUUCCACUCGUUGAAAAGUUUAAACAUAGUUUCUUCUAAAUAAGCUGCUGUAUGACUUUCGUGCAGUUCGAUUACUCCUAACGUCCCACUCAACAAACGUAAAUUGUCCAAAAAAUGAAUUGUUACCCCAAGGAACGACUGAUUUUUCAUUGUCUCCGACCAUAUGUCAUUCGUUAGGCAAUAACUGUCGCACUUACGAAUAUACUCUUUGAAAAUUGAAGACAGCGCUUCAUAUUUUUCAUCCACUCGUAAUUUUAUUGUUUCUCUACUUGGAACUUUAAAAAGCGGAACCAGUUCUUUCAUCAUCUGCAGAAAACCUUUUCCUUCUACGGUAGAAAAUGGCUUGUUGUCCAUUAUAAUAUAUUUAGGGCCAUCUUGGUAAGGAAUACUUUUGUCCUGCUCAAAACAGUCUUUCAUUAGUUUGGAUCAGCGCUGGCAACUGAUCCGAUUUAUUUUGCAGUACUGACGGAGUACAUGUACUAGGAGACGAUUCAAUACAUGCAUUCUUCUUAUUACUAUUUUCGGAUAACUCACUUGACGCUGUAUUCCCUGCGGUUGGUGAUAUGUUAAUUAUUUCAGAAAUUUUUCGCUGUUUAAGUUCCGAGUGCGGCGUAGUUUUAUAGCCCUGACAGACGACAGCGCUAAUAUGCAUUAGCGGGCUUAAUUUACAUUUAUUUGCGCAUUUGACCCAUGUGAAUGCAAAUUUGUAAUGCAUAAGAAUUUCGUGCAUUUGGCUGAAUUUAGUAGGCAACAUUGGUUAAAAAUGACAGAUUUUUGCUAUUGUGAAUGGUGAUUGACCGAAGGAAGAAGAAAAAACGUAAACAAAAGAUUUGAAGAAAGCGCUAAAGAUGGAGAUGAAUAAACAAAGAACAACGUGGAAAAAUAGUGAUGAAGUUAUAUUAAUAGAUUUGCACAUCUACGCAGACAUAUCUGUGCAAAUGGCGCACAAAUUUACUGCAAAAGAAGUGCAUGUUAAAAUACGUAAUCUUACACAAAAAUAUAGAGACGAAAGGAAAAAAGUUGGGCCCUGGGGGGGCAGCCCAUCGCUGUUGAAACAUUUUGAUGCGGUCCAUCAAAUUAUCGGACUGACAGCAACGAAUACUGCUGAAGUAUACGAAUCGUUUAUUGUGUCAUCUAUGGCUAUAGGAUCACCAGAACCAAUGUCGCCAGAGCCAGAAGCAAUGUCGCCGGUGUGUACGCCAGUAAUUACAUUGACGAACUCGCCAUUAGUGUCGCCAUUAGGUAGCUCGACAACAGCAGCGGGUGAAUCUCCAAGUAAAAAGAGAAAUUACAUGGUCGAACUAAUAAAAGUGGCAAAAGAACAAAACGAAUUGCUGAAGACAGUGGUGGAGGACGGGAAAAUAUUGACUGAGAGAGUUGUUACUGCAAUUGAAGAACAAAGUAGUAAUACAAAAGAGUUUAUAGGUAUUAUGAAAACUAUUUUAGAAAAAAUGUAAUAAUAAAAUGAAUUUGAACUGAAUAUUUAUUUUAGAAAAAAUGUAAUAUUAAAAUGAAUUUGAACUGAAUAUUAAUUUUAGAAAAAAUGUAAUAAUAAAAUGAAUUUUAACUGAAUAUUAAUUUUAGAAAAAAUGUAAUAAUAAAUGGACUUAAACUAAA